AUGAGAUCCAGCUCCGGAAGAUCAAGCUCCAAGAGCUUCUGGAGCGUCUCCUCUUGGAAGGCUCGGCUGAAGCGAAAGUACCGCAAGCAGUCAGCCAUCAGUACUGAUGAGGACUUUCAUUCUGCACGUCCUUCUCCAGCCCUCGAUCUUGUCAGGGUAUCACAAGUCACCUUGAGGGAACAGAAUGACAAUCAAACUCAAUACUCGUCUUCGUUGUAUUCGAAAGAUGACGAUCCCAACCCCCCUGUUGGGCCUACCGGAAAGCCCUUCUUUACAGAGCACCCAGGUGUAGGAUACCCAUUUGGUCAUAAGUCCUUGGACACUUUCUCCCAUGUCAGACAACCGUUUUUUCAGGAAUCGCAAGCUGCGGCUGGUACCAUAAAAGCGCCGUGUCCCUGGGAUGCUUCUGCAUUCGCGGUUGGCUGCCAUGAAGGGGGGCUAGCGUCUACACCAAACCUUCCUGGCUGUUCUGCAGGGGAAAUAUCUGCCCACAGUCUGCCAAAGUUGUCGCGACAGUUUUCAUUCGAGAGAUUGCUCUGGGUCUUCCCCAGGGUGUACGCAAUGGCCAAGGUCGUGCAGGCCAUGUGUCUGAGUUAUGGCGCUGAGGUUCGCUCACAUCUCACAUUCUGGAUCAAGCGCGCUGAAAAGGAGGUCCGAACUGGUGACCUCGCAACUUUGGUCGAGAAUGUGAACAAUCUCUUCUAUGCACUCUAUUCGCGAGUGACUCUCGAAUUGGCUGGGAUUGAACUUGUCACUCUCUACCAGGCUGAGCAUCCACCAAGAAGUGUCCCUCCGGCGUACUCCCCACUGUCAACCCUCCCCGUCGCAGAUCACAUCCACAGACUCUUGCUCGCCUGCAAGGAAACUCUUGACAAGACCAAUGUCUGUGGGUACGUUGACCAAGAGGUCGUCAGCAUGUGGCAAGAGGUUCUGACUCAACGCUUGAUCGUGAAGGGGCUUUAUUCACCUUCCUACCCUGACAAUGUCAUCGGCUAUCGGCAGUUCACUUACAACGUCCUAUCUGACCAUCAGUCAGAAUACGUCACUAGAUGGGUCAGUAUGGUACCAUUUUUCUAUUCGAUCCCGCCAAAUAUUCUGAUCGCAAUAUCUGAAAAAUGGUUUACCGUGGCUGACCGGACUACAAUGCCCGAUGACAUUCCUGCGUCUGACCUGCCUUUCACCGAUCUCAGGGUGGCAAACCCAGUGCUGUGGGAGAAGGACCUCGUGCUAGACUAUCGCCUCGCAGCGUUGGCGAGUCUCGAAGGCAAGUCGAUCGGGGAUGUGCGACGCGAGAACCCAAGAAGUCGACUUUUGAACCUCGCGAAAUGCCGCAAAUGCAUAUGCCCAUCAACUUGUGGAUGUGCACGAGGCUGCACAAUCGAAGUUGAGAAGCCCUGCAUAUGCUCUGAGCGGUACGUACGCCUCAUCACUUCUCGUCUCUGCAAGAGCCCAGGUCGGUUCCAAUUCAGCAUUCGCACCACCACCGCAGCACGUGCAUGCUGGCAAGGGCUUGCUAUGCUUCGACGGGAUGUAUCCACCGAGACUCUCAUGUUCGAGUGGAGCGAGACGUUCUCAGUCUUCGAGCUCGAGGUUCAGAAGGAGCGUUGGGGCAGGUCUUUGUGA